UCUAAGUCGGCUUAAAAAAAAAAAAAGAAAAGGAAAAAAAAAGUAAAAUAAAAUGUUGUUCAAGAAGGACAUUGAUACAAAACGUCAACAUUAAUUUCAACAAGCUCUAUCGUAAUAUCCAAUUUAUUUAUACCAAAUUUGGCCAUUCCGAUUUGCUUUGCCUUAUUUCUUAGUUUCUUUCAAUUUCUUUUUGGCAUAACCAAAAUCAAAACACAAAUUCCCUUUUUUUUUUUUUUUAAAUUUGCUCUUUUUUGAAAUUUGGAUUUGAAUCGAGAAAAAAUGGCGGCUUUGGAUUACCACGCGGAAGAGAGGAGCAAGGCGGAGUUCGAUGUGGAAGAGAUGAAGAUCGUUUGGGCUGGUUCACGUCACGACUAUGAAAUCAAUGAUCGAGUUGCUCGUCUCGUCGCAAGUGAUCCGGUCUUUCGAAAGGAUAAUAGAACUAUGCUAACAAGGAAGGACUUGUUUAAAGAUACUUUGAGAAAAGCUGCUCAUGCAUGGAAGCGGAUAAUUGAGCUUCGUCUCUCUGAAGAUGAGGCCUAUAAAUUAAGAUUUUAUGUGGAUCAGCCUGCUUUCACAGAUCUUCACUGGGGAAUGUUUAUACCUGCUAUUAAAGGACAAGGAACUGAGGAGCAGCAAGAGAAGUGGCUGCCAAUGGCAUAUAAGAUGCAAAUAAUUGGAUGCUAUGCACAAACUGAACUUGGUCAUGGCUCCAAUGUCCAAGGGCUUGAGACUACUGCAACAUUUGAUCCUCAGACUGAUGAAUUUGUCAUUCAUAGUCCCACAUUGACUUCAAGCAAAUGGUGGCCUGGUGGAUUGGGUAAGGUAUCCACACAUGCUGUGGUUUAUGCUCGUCUUAUAACAGAUGGAAAAGACCAUGGAGUGCAUGGUUUUAUUGUCCAGCUGCGUAGUUUGGAUGAUCACUCACCUCUUCCUGGCAUAACAGUCGGUGAUAUUGGAAUGAAAUUUGGAAGUGGAGCAUAUAACAGCAUGGACAACGGUGUUCUGAGAUUUGAUCAUGUGCGCAUUCCAAGGAACCAAAUGCUAAUGCGUGAUUCACAGGUUACAAGAGAAGGGAAAUAUAUGCAUUCUGAUGUUCCUACCCAGCUGGUUUAUGGUACUAUGGUCAAUGUCCGACAAAAAAUUGUAUCCAAUGCUUCUGGUGCUUUAUCAAGAGCAGUUUGUAUUGCAACAAGGUAUAGUGCUGUACGCAGACAAUUUGGUUCACAGAAUGGUGGUCCGGAGACACAGGUGAUUGACUAUAGAACUCAGCAAAGUAGACUCUUUCCUUUGCUUGCUUCUGCCUAUGCUUUCAGAUUUGUUGGUGAGUGGCUGACAUGGCUGUAUGCUGAUGUGACCCAAAGAUUGCAAGCCAAUGAUUUCUCCACAUUAUCUGAAGCUCAUGCAUGUACUGCAGGGUUAAAAUCUAUUACUACUUCUGAAACUUUAGAUGGGAUUGAAGAAUGCCGAAAAUUAUGUGGUGGUCAUGGUUAUCUUUCUAGCAGUGGGCUUCCUGAGUUAUUUGCAGUUUAUGCCCCUAACUGUACUUAUGAAGGAGACAAUAUUGUGCUGCUUUUACAGGUUGCAAGGUUUCUAAUGAAGACUUUUUCCCAGCUGGGGUCUGGAAAGAAGCCUGUUGGGACAACAGCUUACAUGGGACGAGCAGAACACCUCAUGCAAUGCUGUUGUGAAGUUGAAAGGGCUGAGGAUUGGUUAAAGCCUAGUGUAAUAUUGGAAGCGUUUGAAGCGAGGGCUGCUAGGAUGUCUGUUUCCUGUGCAACGAACCUUAGCAAAUUUUCAAAUCCAGAAGAGGGUUUUGCUGAACUCUCAGCUGAUUUGGUUGAGGCUGCAGUUGCUCAUUGUCAGUUAAUUGUUGUUUCCAAGUUUGUUGAGAAACUGCAACAAGACAUACCAGGAAAGGGAGUGAAAAGACAGUUGGAGAUCCUCUGCAACGUAUAUGCUUUGUAUCUUUUACACAAACAUCUUGGUGAUUUUGUCACCACUGGCUGCAUUACCCCCAAGCAAGGUGCACUAGCAAAUGAACAGCUGAGGUUAUUGUACUCCCAGGUCCGUCCAAAUGCUAUUGCCCUUGUUGAUGCAUUCAAUUACACUGACCACUACCUUGGCUCGGAUCUUGGUUGCUAUGACGGAAAUGUGUAUCAAAAACUCUAUGAGGGAGCAUGGAAGGAUCCUUUGAAUGAUACCGAUGUGCCAGAUGGUUACCAUGAGUACAUUCGGCCAAUAUUGAAGCAACAUAUUCGUACUGCAAGACUCUAAAAAACCCAAUCAACAUGUCAACUGUAUACUAGGUUUCAUUAACGACAGUGGUUAUUUUCGUUAAUCUAGUUAAUCAGUAUCUUUAGUUUCCAAAUUCUGGUUUUUGCUUUGAGGUAAGUUUUGAUACAACAUUUCUUUAGUCUCAAAUUCACUAUGAACAUGUAUAUAUUUUGUAUGCUAUUUCUGGUCUCAUGUUUGUUCCCAUCAAGUGAAUGUUCAUGAACUCUUUCUUUUAAUAUAUAAUACUCAUGAAUCCAUGUUUUUUAAUAGGUGUGUGCAUGUCGCAUCUAUAGCAUGCAACAAAUUCUUAAUUAGUUUGCUAUGUCAUAAUGUCAUAACAGAGAAGGAUAGAAAUUCCAAAGUCUUUGAAUUAAACUUUUGCUUCAUGGUUUUUGGCCAUUGGAUGAAUUUGAUUUUGAGCAUCUUUUGUGCAUCUGCCUUCUUUGUGGCGCAAACUACAGCUUGAUAAAGAUAAAUAUAAAUUAUAGCAAUGAUCUGAUUGUUACAAAAGUUGUGCUUUAUCCUCCAUUGAGAAUGACAAUAGAUUAGGGAUCGUUGGGUAUUGUUAUGUGUUUUCAUGUCAAAUAUAAUAAAAAAAAUUUAAUUUUCUUUUUUCCUUAAUUUUUUUGUUUCCAUUUUUCUUCCUUUUUUUUAAACAUAGGGUAAGUCUAAAUGAAGUCCAAAAAUACCCUUUACAGUAUUAUAAAAAUAUGUAUAUUUUAACCAUUAAAUGUAAAUAUAAAUGUGCAUAGACUUUUACAACUUUUGGGUGCUCCAAACAAUUUGCGUAUGGAAUAAUAAUGUUAAACGUUAAUUGAUUAAUACUCCCAACUUAACAUCACUUAUGAAUUGUAGCGGCACUGUAGCUGAACGGGUGAACAGUACAUGUGCGCUAACA